AAGGGUUGAAAAUGCUUAUAAGCGUCACCAAAACGGUUAUUAGCCGGGGGACGGCGCUGGGUCACUCCUGCAGUGCCUGGGGACUGACGCUGGGUCCUCCAGCGCUCCAGGGCCAGCCUUCCCCGUGGGAGAGGCUGGAGGAGAGGAGCUGGUCUGGAAGGAGGGACUUGGUCCCCUCCAGGGCGGGACAGAGGGAGCUCGGGUUAGCUCUCAGUCGUGGUUCUUUCAUAAAAUCCUCCACUUUAGGGGAAAUCUGACUUUCAGCACCGACAGGUGCAUUGGUCUGGUGGCACCUGAGAGCAGAGCCAAGUGCAGGGUGCCCACGGUGUCCAUCUCCAGGACCCUGGGUCAGUCCCCAGGACACCACAGCCCUGGGAUAACGCAGUGGCAGAGAGGAUUAUUCCUUUGCAUAACCUGUUCCUGGGGCCGCCCCACCCUCCUGUCCCUCCAUCCACUUGUCCAUCUGUCCCCGUACCGGGGGUCCGCGUGGGGGUCCAACGGCCCCCCAGCCCCACUGACCCCCGCAGUCCCCCCACAGGUGCCACCAUGUUCCUGAAUAAGUGCGAGGGGGACCUGGGCGAGCUGCGGAAGCCGGGGGACAGCGAGGGCACCCCGCCCGCCUCCGCCGAGGAGGAGCAGCCCAAGAAGAAGCACCGGCGGAACCGCACCACGUUCACCACGUACCAGCUGCACGAGCUGGAACGCGCCUUCGAGAAGUCCCACUACCCCGACGUGUACAGCCGCGAGGAGCUGGCCAUGAAGGUCAACCUGCCCGAGGUCCGCGUGCAGGUCUGGUUCCAGAACCGACGAGCCAAGUGGAGGCGGCAGGAGAAGAUGGAGGCCAGCUCCAUGAAGCUCCACGACACCCCCGUGCUCUCCUUCAACCGGCCCCCCAUGACCCCCAACGUGGGGCCCAUGAGCAACUCCCUCCCGCUCGACCCGUGGCUGACAUCCCCCAUCUCCAGCGCCACCACAGUCCACAGCAUCCCCGGCUUCAUGGGAGCCCCCCAGGCCCUGCAGCCCCCCUACGGCGGGCACUCCUUCCUCAACACCCCCGCACCGAUGGCGCAGGGCAUGCAGCCCAUGGCCCCCGCGCCCUACCAGUGCGGCACCCCCUUUGUGGACAAGUACCCGCUGGAGGAGGUGGACCAGAGGAGCUCCAGCAUCGCCUCGCUCCGCAUGAAAGCCAAGGAGCACAUUCAGACCAUCGACAAGACCUGGCAGCCCAUUUGAUGAACGUUCCCCUCUGGCCCCUCCGGCCCCCCCGGCCCCGGCUCCUGGCCCCGGUGCCGGCUCAGCCCUGGGGCAGGUGAGGGAGGACAGUGGGUGCUCAGCAGGACCAAAGCCGGUGCUGGGCAGGAAUGCCAGGCUGUGUCUUCCCCCCGCCAAGCCAGCACUGGCAGUGGCAGGGAAGCCAGUCAGGUGCUGGCAGGACCCUGCUGCAGAGGAGCACCCUGGGGGAGCCCGUUUGCCUCGCUGUGGCACCAGCAUUGGCUGAGGAUCUGGCCGAGGCUCAGGCAUCCCACUGUGCCAGCAGGCCACGCACCACCCCCUGGUCGGACACCUCCUUUCCUCACACCCCUUCC